AUGUCGGAAGCGGGUCGCCGGGGUGCAGCCUACACUAUUGAUAAUAUACUCGGUCAUACGGAUAGACAACCAGAUCGCAUAGAACUAAAGAGCGAGAGCGUGGUACAUUCAGACUCUGAGCACGAGCAUGAGCUGAGUGAGCACAAUGACCUUGAGCACGGACAUGAGCACAGUGAGCACGGCGAGCACUUAGAGGCGUUAGAUGCUGGACGACCGCGCAAGCAGGUGCGCCGCAGCCGCACCACGUUCACCACAUACCAGCUGCACGAGUUGGAGCGAGCCUUCGACAAGACCCAGUAUCCUGAUGUCUUCACUCGAGAAGAGUUGGCUAUGAGACUCGACCUUAGUGAGGCUAGAGUGCAGGUGUGGUUCCAGAACAGACGAGCGAAGUGGCGCAAGCGAGAAAAGGCGCUUGGCAGAGAUCACGCGCCUUUCAUGCAUCAUGAUCAUGUGGUCGGCGAGUGGGGUGGCGGCGGUCCCCCUGGUGGUGAAUGGUGGGCGCUAGGCCUAGGCGCUGGUCUGGGGGCGCUAGGCGUGCCGGCACCGCUGUGGCAUGAUGCAGAACCUGCUGCCGCUUUCAGAGCGUUGCUGCAUAGGUACGUCCUGGCCCUACCACCACCAGCACUACGUCCCCCGGAGCCUGAGCCAUCAUCCUCAUCACCCCCUUCACCCCCCUCCCCGUCCCCCUCCCUCGCCCGGCUGGCCAGCGCCGAGGCUCUCCGCCUCCGAGCCCAUGACGCUCUACUCCAAGAUCGAGUGGUCCUGCAGCAUAAUAAUAAGGUCCACACGUAA